AGUAUACGACGCAUUCCCUGAGCUCGUUAGUCGUUACUUAUAGUUACAUCAACGAAUUUGGCCAUCUUCCUACCGAACGGGUAGUUUAGUCGGAUGAAGUAUCGAAUAAUCCCCGAAAUUAACGAUCGCCGUGCCUAAGUGGAAACAUGACAUCGUCGCCGUCAUGGGAAGAUUUGAGGAAACAAGCCAGAAGGCUGGAAACAGAAAUCGACUCAAUGUUGGUGUCAUUAAGUAAAAUAAGUACUAAUAAUCCUAUGAUGUACAGCGAUGAUGAAUCACAGUUGUUGUUGUCUGAUGAUCGAUUUGAAACAGCUACAUCUGAAAUUGAAGAGCUGCUUUCUAAGCUUAAUACUGUCAAUGAAAAAAUGGGCGAAUGGAGUUCCAAUGGGGAACAAUCUACAGUUUCACAAAAUGUGCAUACAGUACAGCGUCACAGAGACAUUUUACAAGAUUAUACUAAAGAGUUUCAAAAAAUUCAAUCCAAUGUUAGAGCUCGAAGGGAAAGGGAAGAUUUAUUGCACAGUGUUCGACAAGACAUUGAUGGCUACAAGAAUUCUGGGACAAAAAACAGGCGUAUGGAUUUAUAUGUCAAAGAACACGAACAUGUGCGGAAUUCAGAUCGAUUAGUAUCCGAUCAGAUUGCAAUUGCAAUGGAAACCAGAGAACAUUUAGUGUCGCAACGGCAUCAUUUUAAACGUUUACAAUCUAGACUUCACGAUUUGUCUAGUAGAUUUCCUGCUCUCAACACCCUUGUACAAAAAAUCAACAUGCGUAAAAAACGUGAUUCCUUUAUAGUUGGAGGAGUUGUUGUUAUAUGUACUUUCAUAAUACUCUUGUACACUUUUCAUUAGGCAGAUUUUCAAAUAAGUGGUUUAUAUUAUAAUCAACCACCAAUUAAUUAUAUAUAUGGGAAUUAAUACGAAUUUUGUUUUUAAAUAAUUACAAAGAUAAAUCUAUUUUACUUAUAUUA